AUGCCAAGCACGGAUCCCAAUUCACGCAAUGGCGCACUCGAGGCAGCUCCAGUUCGACAGAGAGGCAAUAAGAAUGUCUCCUUGGCUCCGAACACGAAAGCCGGCAGGGGAAAGGAAAACAACCAGAGCGAAAUUGACGAGGAGACAAAGACAAGUUGGCGAAAUAUCAUAAGCGCAAUCGCUUAUACUACCCUACCUAAGUGGAUAGACGUGGGAAUAAUCGGCUUGUUGAUAUUUGGAGGUUGCUGUGGGAAUGUGUUCGCUCUUGAGGCUAUAAUCAAAGAUGAACCAAGUUCUGGUGAGAAACUCUGGCGUUCAAGUGUCCGGAAUCAAGUACUCAUCUCGUCUACAGGCCCUCUUAUAACCUUUGUCCAAUUUGUGACAGUGGCGUUAUUUACGAUUCCCAACUUCCUCUCCUGGUCUGCGGGGCCUCGAGCCUUCUUCCUCAGCCCGCGAGCUAUCCCCCUCAAGUCUUGGUGGGCAUACACAUUGUUCUUCGUUACCGUCAAUCUGUUGAACAAUUGGGCGUUCGCAUACCGGAUCUCCGUACCACUACACAUUAUCCUUCGGUCUGGUGGGCCGGUGGCAUCCAUGAUUAUUGGAUAUCUUUAUAAUUCCAGGAGAUAUUCCCGGAUACAGGUCCUUGCUGUCAUAUUGCUGACAUUGGGUGUGGUGGGGGCCGCACUGACAGAUGCUGCCGCGCAGGGACGAUCGAUGGAGAUCAGUAUCAGUUUGGAUGACGACGGCAACAGUGGCAGUUCGGUGAUCACGUUCUUGACCGGGUUCACCAUUCUCGCUUUAGCGAUGGUUCUGUCCGCUUUUCAAGGUGUCUACGCCGAUCGCCUCUACGCGGUACACGGUACCAACCACUGGCGCGAGGCGCUGCUCUACUCGCAUGUGCUUUCGUUGCCAUUCUUCUUGCCGACCUACCCACAAAUGUCUUCUCAAUUCCGUGCUUUACUGUCAUCUCCUUCCAUGCUGUCUUCUCUGUCUGCUGUACUCGGCGAUGACCGUUUAUUUUCAAGCAACGCGACCGCUUCCACUGUCUCCGCAUCUUUCGCAUCCUCGACCAUCGCUCCCGCCACAGCAGGCGACCUUGCGGGCAGGAUACGACAAAGCGGUGCUACCGCGUCAAUUCUCUCUGCCGUCCCCAGACAUCCUCUGAUCCGAUCUAUUCUCGCGCAGACCCCCAUCAAGGUCUUUUAUCUUCUACUCAACGCCAUCACGCAAUAUUUGUGCAUCCGCGGCGUUUAUUUAUUGGCAGCCAAAUCGUCUUCUCUGACUGUUACAAUUGUCUUGAAUAUCCGCAAGUUAGUGUCUCUAUUAUUGUCUAUUUACCUUUUCGGCAAUUCGCUUGCCAUGGGUGUAUCGGUAGGUGCUGGGCUUGUGUUUCUCGGUGGCGCAUUAUACGGUAUUGAAAGUGCACGGCAGAAGAAGAAGAUGCGUCCAGCUGGUAAGAGUGAAUGA